GAAACGACGACGAAGUCGCAGUCUCAUCGAAGCCGCGGUGGCGCGCGGCUUGCGCUAGUUGAGCGUCUAUAAACGAAAGAAUACACGUGAACGUGGGACCACGUGGGUUCCGUGAUUGUUUCUGUGCGAGGGAACAACGAUAUGAACAAAAUUUUCAUAUUUCUAACGAUGAAAGUAAUCUCGAGUUUCGUGAUCGUCCAUUUAGGAAGGUGUUGUUGAGUUUCUUUCUGUUUUUCUUUUUUUUUGUUUUCUCUUUUUUUUUUCUUUUCUUGUUUUUAUUUUUUUUUUUUCUUUUUUUUUUUUUUUUUCUUUCUUUUUGUUACUGUCGUAAGACUUUGAGGAGUAAGCUGACCAUUCGAAAAUAGUGGACAUCAGAACAACCGUCAACCUGGAGUCCACGUGCCAGAAACGACGGAAAUGUGAGGCCGACGGGAAGGAGGCGAAGGCCGAGCUAACGGCGCAACGCAGUAUGUUCCCUAGCGCACAAAUUAAGAUGAGAUUGCUGUCGCCAAGCAGUUCGCCGGCCACGUCGCCUACGAUGUCGAAUUCCUCGUCACCGACACCACCGACGCCGGUCACGCCGGUUUACAAUCAAAAGAUGACGGGUAUACCAUGUGUAGCGGCGGCUUCGAGGUACACGGCACCGGUACACAUUGACGUUGGUGGAACGAUAUACACAUCUUCCCUCGAAACUCUAACCAAGUAUCCAGAAUCGAGACUGGCCAAAUUAUUCAAUGGUAGUAUACCCAUUGUUUUGGACUCGUUGAAACAACAUUAUUUUAUCGACAGGGAUGGUAGUAUGUUUCGGCAUAUAUUGAACUUUAUGAGAAAUUCGCGACUCUUGAUACCUGACAACUUCGCCGAUUUGGAUUUAUUGCUCGAGGAAGCACGAUACUUCGACAUUGCACCGAUGUGCAAACAAUUGGAACAGAUAAAAAAGGAACGAAUAAAGAAUGGUACCGCGAGCUUAUCCUCGACUACUGGCUCAGCUUGUUCAACGGCUACCUCAACCGCCUCGGCAGCAUCGACUAUGACAACGACGACAUCAUCGUCGCCUAAACAAGGCACCGGAAGACAAAUUGGCAUGCGCGGGAAAGGCACGUCGAGUUGUUCGCUCGACUGUACAGGUUGCUCGAGUUGCUCGCCUUGCGACCAUGAGACCGAAAAAUUUCGUGGUAACGAGGGUAACCGCAGUUAUGAAUGCGUUGCCCUACACGUCAAUCCUGAUCUCGGUGAAAGAAUUAUGUUAUCGGGCGGGCACACUCUUCUCGAUGAAGUCUUUCCCGAGGCCAUGCAAGCUGUGAUUAACGCGCGUUCUGGUAUUGCCUGGCAUCAACAGGACACCCGUCACGUCAUCAGGUUUCCAUUGAACGGCUUUUGCAAGCUCAACUCCGUUCAAGCUAUUACGCGAUUGCUCAAUGCAGGAUUUCGUAUCGUUGCAAGUAGCGGUGGAGGUGGUGAAGGUCAACAAUUCUCGGAAUACCUCUUCGUCAGACAGUCCAUUAAUACCUGACGGAAAACGACUAUCAACAUUUAUCCAAUCAUUUUAUCGAUUUUAUUCGCGAUGUCGUCUCUAAUAUCGAAUAUUAAUCGAGUGAACGCAACGAUCGUGAUUCAAAUUAAUAUCUUCCUCGCCAAUUAUCUUACAAAGCUAAAUCUAUUUUUACGUGGCAAUAGAGAAAUCGAAUCGAUAUUCCGCGUUCGAUAUUAUAGUUCAUUAAAUAUCGAUAAAGAUCUUCGAGAUUUUAUGAUAUAAAGAGAAACCGAACGUUUACAUGGGGUUGACAUAAAAGACAAAAAGAGAAAAGAAAAAGGAUUAAAAAAAAAAAAAAAAAAAAAAAAGAAAAAAGUAAAAAAGUAAAAGAAAAACAGGUCAACCUGAUACGGAAAAUGUGUAUUUUGUGUCGAGAGUCUUUAUGCGACGUAAUUAACGGUAGCUUUACAAUAGUUAUUAUUAAUAUAUAUACAUAUAUAUAUAUAUAUAUAUAUAUAUAUAUAUAUAUAUAUAUAUAUAUAUAUAUAGGUAUAGAACGGAGAAGAUGAAGAACACCAUGUCAGCAUUCGUCCAAGGAUAAAUAUUUUAUUCGAUAUUGUUCGGAUGGCUUUGUACUUGGGUAUAUCUUAAGUGCAAAUCGAUCAUUCAAAUUUGUUAUUAUAUAAUAAGAUGUACUUAUAUGUAUUUAUAUGCCAUACUAAUUAUUGUAAAUAUCGCGAAUAAACUAUUGUUCGUCUAUACACACAUGCAAGCACGCAUGCACGCAUAUACACAACAUACGUACACACACACACACACACACACACACACACACGCACGCACACAACGCAGAGAUACGAAUUGUUACGUAUGCAUGUAUUAUUAAAGAAAACAAAAACAAAAAAAAAGACAAAAAAAAGAAAAGACAAAAACAAAAACGAAAAAGAAGCAUAUAUUCUCUCUCUCUCUCUCUCUCUCUCUCUCUCUCUCUCUCUCUCUCUCUCUCUCUCUGUCUCUCCUGACUGACCCAUUAUAUCUCAUAACACUAAUAUAAGUUAUAUUAUUCGUCCGUGUCUACCGUCAGGAAUAUUCAAAAGCUUUUAAAACUAUUACUUUUUAACAGACAAUAAAAACCCAUUGGAUAUACAAAAGCAUGAUAAAAGGGAGAAAAACAAAGGACGAAAGAAAAAGUGGGAGAUGCGCCGAUCGCGUAACCUCCAGAAUGAGGGAUAAAGCGUAGGAACAUCGUAGCCACGGGCCCCGUUUCCAUGGUUACUAUGAACUCAAUAUCCGCGAUGCCGACAGGCACCACUAGCCUGAGGCUGUCAUCCCUCGAACCAGAGCCGCUGCUGCCGUCGUCGAGUUCGCUGGUCUCUCCCUUGCAACCCAUCUUUGCCUCUUCUCUUCCUGCCUCCCUUUUCUACCUCCUCAUCCUCAUCCUCAUCCUCUCUCUCUCUCUCUCUCUCUAUCUCUCACUCUCUCUCUAUCUUCCUCGUCUUGAUUAUAUCCCAUUUCUAGAUCGCCGCAGGGACUACUCUCGUACACCAGGUCCUCCGAUACACGACACGAGGUGAAGUAGCCUUCGGCAUCGACGUGGAAGAUGGCUUUGAAAUUCUGGAAUUUCCGUGAUUUUAGUAUAUGGAAUAAUCUAAUUGUUUUAUUCAGAUCUCUGUCUCUCUGUCUCUCUCUCUCUCUCUCUCACUCUCACUCUGUCUCUCUGUUUCUCUCUCUCUCUUUCUCUCUCUCUCUCUCUCUCUCUGUCUCUGUCCUUGUCUCUCUCAAUCUAUCAUAAUAUGUGUACCAUGAUAUUAUAGGAGAAAUUUCAAUGAAUAUCUUUUUGUUUAAUUGUUGUAUCAUAAAGCAAUUGAUAAAAAAAGAAAUAUUAUAUUUA